AUGGACCAUGAUUCGAAUAAUCCUUCUCAUAAUAAUUCAGAAACGGACCCAGAUAAGGAUUCAGCUCGGGUAAAUAAAAAUGAUAUGAGAGAUUCAGAAACAUCUGAAAAAUUGGAUCCCAAAUUAAUCUCUAAUUUGGUUACCGAAAUUAAUGAGGAAACGGAAAAUAAUGAACCGGAAAUCGCUAUACACACAAAUUCCAUACCUUCAGUUUCUCCUUUAAUUAAUGAUAAUUCUUCUAAUAAAAUAUCUAUUAAACUUGAUGAAGAAAAUGAUCAAGAACCUAAGCAUGACAAUUCUGAUUUGCAAAACAUGCAACUUAACACAGCCAAUGAUAAUCCAACAAAUGUUUUAUUGCCUAAAUUUGAGGAGCCAAUAACAAAAAACUUGGAUGCACAACCACAAGACUCACAAAAUGCUGAACCAGUCGAGCAGUUUAUAUUAAACCAAAAUUCCCAAAAUAUUUCACAAGAAAAUAAUGAAAUCCCAUCAACUGAAGUAAAUUCUCAAAAUACCUCAACUGAUUUAUCUGAAAAUAAACAGCAACAUACUACAAAUGAAGUUGAUGAAUUAAAUCUCAAAAAUAUUAUUGAUAAUUCUAAAAUUAUUCAAAAUGAAGACAUAAAAGUAGUAGAUAAUCAAUCCUCUGAUGAUAAAGAAUCUUCCAGAUCAUCCCAGUCUUCUUCAAGUUCAUCUUCAAAAAAUUCCAAAUCUUCUCUUUCAAAACGAAGCGAAGGUCGUAAUAAUGCAUUGCCAGUCCUUUUUAUGCCAUCCUCCAAAGAAAAAACUAAUGAAAAUUCAACUUUUUUAACUUCACUAAAUUUAGGACAAUCGAUCCGGCCAAAUAAAGAGCUGGUAAAAGAUGCUUAUGAGAGGUUUAUAAAAUACGGGGAACUCCCUUCUCCAGACCUUCGCGAUGGUGUCAUUCAGUAUAUUAAUCACAAAAAAGUUGAUGCUUUAUGCGAAAGUGACUACGAUCAAGCUGAGAUGUGUGAUGAGCAAAUGAUGGAGUUCACCAAAUUGAUAAAUCAAGAAAACUGUGCAAGAUCAAACGAAGAUCGUGCGAGAAUUGUUGAAUUCAGGCUUAACAGACUUAAUGAAGAACGUAUGGAGCUAGAAAGACAAUGGAAUCACAAGAUUGAAAGGCAACAACAAGCAAAUCAAAGAAGAAUUGAAAAACUUGAAGAAAAACAUGAAAAAGAAUUAGAAGACUUCAGAGAAAAAUGGAAAAGUAAUGAUUAUCUUAAACAGUUCAAUAAAUCAUCUCCAAAACUUCUUCAACUGAGAUAUCAAGAAAAACAACUUGCAAUUUCAAGAAGAUACACAGAUGCAAAAGAAAUCAAGCGUAUUGCUGAUAAGUUACAAGUUGAAGAAGAGAAACAAAUGCAAAUUGCAAUAGAAAAGAAAAUUUCAAUUGAAUUUUCGAAAUUAAAUGAGAAACAACAAAAAGAAAUCGAAUCCGCAAAUGACCAUAAUGAUAAAAUAAUUACUCAGCUUCAACUACAGAAAAUAAAAGACUUAAAACCAUAUGAACAACAAUUAAAGAGCAAAAACCAAAAGAAAGCAGCUUCUGCCACAAAAUUUGGUUCAUCAUACUACUCAAUCUCACCAAUGGCUGCUAUUUCUACUCCUAGAACUCUUUCAAGAUUUGCAAAAUACAAAACAUCGAAAUGUUCCAACUUAAACGUCAAAUCUCUUGACAAUGACCAGAUAAAUAAGAUGUCUACUGAUAAUUGGUCUCCUUCUCAGUCCAAUCCAAGAAAAACAAGUCAUUCUGUCACUAGAAAAAUUUCAUCCCCUAAUAAAUAUUAUUAA